CUUGCGAAACGUGGAAUUUAGAUGAGGUGCAUUAUGCUGUUGAAUGUGGAUUUCUUGUUGAUACAUUCGAUGAUGAUCAUGUUACCGGUUUACAGAUGGCUGCUGCUACCGGAAAUAUUGGAAUUGUACAAUAUUUACUUGAUCGAGGUGCUGAUAUCGAGAAAACUAAUCAGGUAGGCAUGACAGCUCUUCAUCAUGCAGCAAAAAAUGGCCAUGCUAAUAUUGUUCGAAUACUCGUUCAACGUGGUAUUUUGGGUAUCAACAAUAAUCUUAGCAUUUUAGAUAUUUUGGCUUCCAGUAAUGAUCUUAAAACUAUAGAUAUUCUGGCGUAUCAACAGCAACCUUAG